AUGCCGAAUUCUUCGAGCACUUCACAACCGGCAAACAAUGGGAGUGAAACCGCAUCGACAUCGUAUGUUGCUUAUCCGGAAAUGAGUGCUGAACAAGAAUAUUUUCUGUACGAGUUGGAAACUACAGAUAGUGGAAGCAUGGGCCUUGUUUUAAGGGCAAUUUAUGAUACUGGUGAUGUGCAAAAAUUCGCGCGUGCUCUGCAACAACGCAUCAAUCAUUAUGACAAAAAUAUUCAAAAAGUCUGCUCGUUUCAUUAUCAGAGUUUCGUAGAUGCUAUGCAACAAUUGAUGAUUCUGAAAGAGCAGUGUCAGGAAAUCAAGCAAGAAUCUCUCAACAUCGAUGAUGAAAUUCAACAAGCCAGUGAUCGUCUUUCUCAAAAGAAGCAGGAAAUUGUUCGAUACAGAAAAUUGAUGAAAAAUGCAAAGACUGCCAUGGACCAGAUCUCCAUUUGCUUGCCGGUUCUUGAAAACUAUGCAAAGCUCCAGGAGCAGAUGACUAAUCGAAAAUAUUACCAAGCGUUGAAAGUUUUGGAAGAACUUGAACACACACAUCUUGCCUUGAUUGAAAAGUACCGAUUUACGCAAGUUCUUGCGAAAAGCAUGGCUCCGGUUCGAUUGGAAAUAAAAGAAAAGGCUUAUUCUGAGUUCAAAGAUUUUUUGGAAAACAUUAAAAAAGUUGCUGGACGAAUUGGAAAGCAUGCUAGCAAAUGUACUGCGGAGCAACAUUCGUUUGGUGUUACCGAUGCUGAUAAGGCACGAAAAUUACAAGAGGAAGCGAAGAAAAAUGCAAGUAAUGUUGAAAUCGAAGUAUCUGCUGACGGAAGUCUUGUUAAAAAGAAUGCAUCGCCAAAGAAAUCUUACUCUCAAGAAAGAAUUGAUGGCGAUGAUCAAAUAUCUGCUCAGGAUCUCAUCGAUUUCACGCCAGUCCAUCGCUGCUCGCAGAUUUUCAACGUUCUUGGGGCAAAAGACGAAUUCGAACAAUAUUAUCGUCAGCAAAGAAAAGAUCAAUGCGAUUUAGUGAUUGAACCAGCUCAUAAGAUGAACACUUUCAAGCAUUAUGUGGAGUACCUUGAUGAGAUUGUUGGAUUCUUUGUAGUUGAAGAUCAUAUUUUACUCACCGAGAGCAGUUUAGCCACGGCGUCGCAUAAGGAUCAACUAUGGGAAGCUGCUCUUCAAAAAAUCAAGCAUACUUUGGAUUCCAGAUUUGGUGGAUGUCUUGACGUUGAAAUGAUGCUUCGUAUGAAAAAAGUUAUUCUUCUUUUCAUUCUCACAAUGAAAUCGUAUGGUUAUGCCGUCGGACCGUUGUACGAGCUUCUUCAAAACUUUCGUGAUCAGUACAAUGAAAUUCUUGUCAAAGAAUACUGUGCGCAAUUUGAAAGAGACUUGGAGAAAGACAAUUAUACUCCAAUUUGCGUGAAUAACGAAGAAGAGUUUCGUGCUGUUAUUAGACAGUUUCCGUUUUAUAAAAGAAGCAUGGAACAGGAACCAUUCCCGCGCCGUUUCCCUUUUUCCAAAUUUGUGAUUUCUUCGUUUACUCAAGCUAAGCAAUAUUUAAUUGGAUGCCUCAAAUUCAUGGACAAUCUUCAGUUGAGUAACUCAGUUGUUGAUGAUACGGUUAGAAGAUGUGCUAAUGUCUUACUAGGACGUUGGGCAGCAAUUCUAAAGGCAUUCGUUCACAAGCGUGUCUCCAUGAUUCAACUCGUUCAAAUCACGAUCAAUCUUGGAUACUUGGAAAAGUCUUGCGAAUCUUUAGGAGCUUUCAUUACUAGCAAAACUAGUGGAGAAGAGGCCAUUGGAACAACUUCUCAUCAAGUAAUGCUCUCUGAAAGAGUGUUUCGCGAUGCGCGCAGUGAGGUUGAACAACAAAUCGAUGAAUGCAUGAGAAGCAAGAUCGACGAAAUAAUCGACUUGGCCAAUUAUGAUUGGGAACUGCCAGCUUCAUCUGGGCAGGCGUCGGAUUUUAUUUCCGAUCUCAUCAAUUUCUUGCAAACAACAUUCACUUCGUUUACGAAUUUACCAUCAGGACUUGCAAAGCACGUUUGCACACAGGCUUGCAAACACAUUUCGCAAUCUCUUAUGGACUUCUUGCUGUCUUCGGAAGUGAAAUGCAUAUCAACGGGAGCUUUGGAUCAAUUUUCCUUAGACGUGAUGCAGUGUGAAAUGUUUACUUCAAGAUGCCCAGUGGCUGGUGUUGAUCCGCAUACAUUGUCAAUGACUUUUGCCGAUCUAAGACAACUGUUGGACUUAGUGAUGUCUGCAGAUUGGACUACAUUCAAUGCUGAAUAUGGUCGGGAUCAUGCCAAAUAUCUUCGAGUAAAGGCUUCCACAGCGAUUGUCGUUUUAGAGAAAAUGAUCGAGUUUGAAAGAAAGAGUACCGGUUUCUUCGGAAUAACGAAAGGCGACCGCAAAAAGCUGCUCGACACGAUUGUGCGACAACUCAAACAUUUGGAUAUGCAAUGA